UGCGGGGUGCGGAGAACUCCGGAGGACGCCCGAACGGAGCAGCACCGCGGACAGCGCCCGGCCGCGCCGCGCCCAGCUCAGCCUGCGCAGCCCUCUCGCCCCGAGGUUCGCGCUCAGCGCUCUCUGAUACUUGCCGCUGCACCAUGGCAGAAUCCCACCUGCAGUCAUCCCUGAUCACAGCCUCACAGUUUUUCGAGAUCUGGCUUCAUUUCGACGCUGACGGUAGUGGUUACCUGGAAGGAAAGGAGCUACAGAACUUGAUCCAGGAGCUUCUGCAGGCGCGAAAGAAGGCUGGAUUGGAGUUAUCACCUGAGAUGAAAACCUUUGUGGAUCAGUAUGGGCAGAGAGAUGAUGGGAAAAUAGGAAUUGUGGAGUUGGCUCAUGUCUUGCCCACAGAAGAGAAUUUCCUGCUGCUCUUUCGAUGCCAGCAACUGAAGUCUUGUGAGGAGUUCAUGAAGACUUGGAGGAAGUAUGAUACUGACCACAGUGGCUUCAUAGAAACCGAGGAACUGAAGAACUUUCUAAAGGACCUACUAGAGAAAGCAAAUAAGACCGUGGAUGAUACAAAACUAGCCGAGUACACAGACCUCAUGCUGAAACUAUUUGAUUCUAAUAACGAUGGGAAGCUGGAACUGACAGAGAUGGCCAGGUUACUACCAGUGCAAGAAAAUUUCCUUCUGAAAUUCCAGGGAGUCAAAAUGUGCGGGAAAGAGUUCAACAAGGCCUUUGAGUUAUAUGACCAGGAUGGCAACGGCUACAUAGACGAGAACGAGCUGGAUGCUUUACUGAAAGAUCUGUGUGAGAAGAACAAGCAGGAGUUGGAUAUUAACAAUAUUACUACAUACAAGAAGAACAUAAUGGCCUUGUCGGAUGGAGGGAAGCUGUACCGAACAGAUCUUGCUCUUAUUCUCUCUGCUGGGGACAACUAGAGUUGGUGGCCACAACCACUUGCUAGUGAUACAUUGUAUCUAAAAACAUAACUGUGCGCUUAAAAGAGUAGGCUGUAUUUUCUUUUAUAUCUGUAAAUUCUACUGCAUAUAGAGAAUUAUUCAGGAUGUGUGGCACAUUCUUUUCUGCUUGUUUCUAUACUGUUUGUAAUGUACAGUUUUUGUACCCAUAUAAUUGAAAAGAAGAAAGUCCAUGCUUAGGCCAGUCAGUAAAAUCAAUUUACAAAAAUAAAUCUAAUAUGGUUUUGCUUUCAUAAGUAUAGCUAAACACUUGGAUUUCCCUAAAAAUUCUACCAGGAUUCAUCUAAAAAAAGUCAAGUGUCAGAUGUGUAAAUGCACAUCUGUCACUGAGCUUAUGAAACAAACAAAUUCAUGACAAGCCAAGCAUUUUUACUU